ACCUACACUCUCGUCCCACGCUUUCGACACACUCCCGAUUCGUCGCCUUCGUCUUCUUCCUAACAGAAGGAGAGCAGACCAAGAGAGGAUGGGGUCGGAGGGGCCGGGGCAUGGGUUCGGAUCCGGGGCGGCGGAGCGGGACAUCGACGGUCUCCCGCGGAACGACGCCAACUACACGGCGCUGACGCCGCUCUGGUUCCUCGAGCGGGCCGCCCUGGCCCAGCCGGACAGGGCGUCCGUCGUGCACGGCCCGGUCCGGUACACCUGGGCCGAGACCUACCGCCGGUGCCGCCGCCUCGCCUCUGCACUGGCGCGCCGAUCUGUCGGCCACGGCAGCACUGUUGCUGUGAUAGCUCCAAAUGUUCCGGCAGUGUACGAAGCUCACUUCGGUGUUCCAAUGUCUGGAGCUGUGGUGAACUGUGUAAACAUCCGGUUAAAUGCUGAGACGAUCGCGUUCCUUCUUGAUCAUUCCGUGGCAGAAGUUGUGAUGGUGGACCAAGAAUUCUUCACCCUAGCCGAAGAAUCCCUGAAGAUAGUAUCAGCGAAGAAGAAACAGAAUUUUCGGCCUCCAAUCCUAAUUGUUAUCGGUGAUCCAACAUGUGAACCUAAGUCUCUACAAUACGCUCUAGGACAAGGGGCCAUUGAGUAUGAGGAGUUCCUGAAAACCGGUGACCCAGAAUUCAAUUGGAAGCCACCGAAGGAUGAAUGGCAGAGCAUUGCCUUAGGUUACACUUCUGGGACUACUUCAAGCCCAAAAGGUGUCGUGUUGCAUCACCGUGGCGCCUACCUCAUGGCGCUCAGUGUUGCUAUGGUGUGGGGAAUGCCUGAAGGGGCUGUUUACCUGUGGACUUUGCCUAUGUUCCAUUGUAAUGGUUGGUGUUAUACCUGGGCGUUGGCUGCCUUCUGCGGAACCAGCAUAUGUCUUCGCCAGGUGAGCACAAAGGCUAUAUACACUGGUAUUGCAAAACAAGGAGUGACACAUUUCUGCGCUGCGCCGGUCGUCAUGAACAACCUCAUCAACGCUCCUGCAAGCGAGACCUUCCUGCCACUCCCCCGUGUGGUCAAUGUAAUGCUGGCCGGAGCCGCCCCGACGCCAUCGCUUCUUGCGGCGCUCUCUAUCCGAGGUUUCCGUGUCACCCACACUUACGGUCUGUCUGAAACCUAUGGCCCGUCGACGGUGUGCGCGUGGAAGCCCGAGUGGGACGACCUGCCGCUGGAGGAGCGCUCCCGUCUGCACUGCCGGCAGGGCAUCAGGUACACCGCGCUGGAAGGCCUGGACGUGGUUGAUCCGAAGACGAUGGUCCCCGUCCCGGCCGACGGCAAGUCCUACGGGGAGAUCGUGAUGAGGGGCAACGCCGUGAUGAAGGGGUACCUGAAGAACCCCAAGGCCAACGCCGAGGCGUUCGCGCACGGCUGGUACCACUCCGGCGACCUCGGCGUGAAGCACCCCGACGGGUACAUCGAAGUCAAGGACCGGAUGAAGGACAUCAUCAUCUCCGGCGGGGAGAACAUCAGCACCCUGGAGGUGGAGAAGGUGGUGUACAUGCACCCGGCGGUCCUGGAGGCCUCGGUGGUCGCCAGGGCCGACGAGCGCUGGGGGGAGUCGCCCUGUGCGUUCGUGACCCUCAAGGAAGGGGCCGGUGGCUCCGACGAGGUGGCGCUGGCGAACGAUAUCAUGAGGUUCUGCCGGGAAAGGAUGCCGGGCUACUGGGUCCCGAAGUCGGUCGUCUUCGGGCCGUUGCCCAAGACGGCGACGGGGAAGAUCAAGAAGCACGAGCUGAGGGCCAAGGCAAAGGAGCUUGGCCCUGUGAAGAAGAGCAGGAUGUGAGCUCCGUUGCUGAGAUACAUAUACGUAUAGUGGACCGUGGACGCUAGCGCCAUCGUGAAUAAAGGUUAUGCUCUCGGGAAAUUCCUUAGUGAAGACUUGUCUGUAUAAGAAAUUCAAGCACUCGAUAGAGCACGAACACGAACAAGAGGGAGAUAUAACACGAACUCUGCUUAUGUGCUC